UUUUUAUGAGAUAUUUCUACUUGUUAUUGGUGGCAAUAGUUUGCAAGGAUAUCUAAAAUAAGAAAUAACAAUUCUUAACAGAUGAUGGAUAUGAUGAUGAUGAUGAUGAUAAUGGAGUAUCACUUUUCUUUCUUUUUAUUUUGGGGUUUUUUCUCAUAAUUUUCUCAGCAGCUUUAUUAUGGUACAAUGAAAGAAGGGAAGCAAUAACAGAAUAUCGAUUAGUAAAUAUGAGAAAUAUAUGUAAAAUUGGAAAUUGUAAUGAAAUCCAUCAUGAAUUAAAUGGAGAACUAGUUCAUAUAUAAGGUAAAAGAAUUAAAAAUUAUGCUUAGGACAAACAUCUACAGAUGUAAUUGUUGAAGAUCCUGAAUUUGGAAUAACAUUAUCCUCUUGUAUUAAAUUAAAACGGCAUGUUGAAUAGCUUCAAUUUAUAAGAAUUGAACAUAAACAUAAAAAAAGUGCUACAACAUAUACAUAUGAGUUAAGAUGGAAAGCUGAAUAGGUUUGUAGUGCUGGAUUUCCUUCUGAAUACUAAAAUAAACCAUAAUUAUGGUUAGUAAAAUCUUAAGAUAAACUUAAUCCAGAUGUAAAAUUAGGAGCAUUCACUUUAUCUGAAUCAUUAAAGUAAGGUUGUCAAAACUUUUAAUUUUUGGUUCCAGAAGAUGCAUAAUUAUAGGCUGCAUCAAAAUUAUUUGGAAAAGAAUUUCCUCAUAUGUAUUGUUUAUUUUCUAUAAAAUAGAACAGUUAAUUAACGUGAUCUUUAUUUGUAACAACAUGAAUAUUAAAAAACUGUUGGUGAUCUAAGAAUUUGUUUUGAAUAUGUUUUAUGUGGUAAUGCAACAGUAGUUUCAAAAUAAAUUAAUAAUACAUUUAUUCCAUAUGUAAUAGAAGAUAAAUGGUUAUCAGAAAAGAGUCUUCACCCAGAUGAAAUGGAUGAAGAUGAAGGUUGUGGUGAUUGUUGNUA